AUGGAUAUUAAUAUGAAGAAAACAGAUUUUCAGGUUAGUGACAGUGAAACAACAAUAAUUAGUGAAUCUAUUGAAGUGGAUAAUGUUGAACCAGAAGGUAGUUGUGAGUCAAAUGAGUUGACUAAUAUGAUAGUAAAUGAAACCAUUUUGGAGAUAGACCCAGCUAAAUGGGUUAUUAACGACGAAUUUCGUGACUAUAUUGCAAAAAAUGGUUUUAAUCAAAAUAUGACAAAUGACUUUAUUAACUCGAAACGGAUAUAUUCUGAUAAAACAAGAUAUUUGACCAAAAUUAUGUUUAAUAGACGAUUAAUUAAUGGAGAAACAAUUGUUCGUUCAUGGUUAGUUUAUUCUCCAAGUUUAGGAGUAGUUUUUUGUGGGCCUUGUCGGAUAUUUCAAACAUCUUUAGAAACUCAACUUGUUACUGAAGGGUUCAAUGAUUGGAAAAAUGCUACUGUCCGUUUCAGCUACCAUGAAAAUAGUAAAGAGCACCGAGAUGCUAUUAUGAAUUUAAAACAUAGAGGUAAUGUCUUGGGGCGCAUUGAUAAUUCAUUGAUUAAACAAUUAGACACAGAAAUCGAAUAUUGGAGAAAUGUGUUGAAAAGGGUAGUCGAAACUAUUAAAUCGUUAGCUUCUCGUGGUCUUCCUUUUCGAGGACAUGAUUCGUGUUUUGGUUCUGUACACAACGGUAAUUACUUAAUGUCACUCGAAUUAAUCGCAAAAUUUGAUCCGUUUUUAGCCGAUCAUAUAGUUCGUUUUGGAAGUAAAGGCAGUGGCUCUACGUCAUAUUUAUCUCACGUUAUAUGUGACGAAUUUAUUUUUAUUGAUUCGACGCCAGAUAUUUCGCACGUCGACAAAUUAUCAUUUAUGGUGAGAUAUGUCCUCGCAACUGGUCUUCCUGUAGAACGAUUCUUAUGUUUUGUUUCAAAUCCAGGACAUAAAGCUUUAGAUUUAACUAAUGUCAUUAUUAAUACUUUAAAAUCUCAUGAUAUUGACAUUUCUGACUGUCGAGGGCAAAGCUACGAUAAUGCUAGUAAUAUGUCAGGUCAAUACAGUGGAGUUCAGGCUCGAAUCAAAGAAAUUAAUCCACUAAGAUGGUCAAUUUUGCAAUUAAAUAUGAAACGUAAUGCUAAUACAAUUAAGAGUUUAUCAAACACCAGGUGGUCGGCUCGCGCAGACGCAUGUCGAGCAUUAUAUAAUUCGUGGGAUGAAAUUAUUAACGCAUUGAUCACUAUCAAGGAUGACACUUUUGAAAAAUGUGUUACGCGAAAUGAGUCAAAUGGUCUUUAUAAUCAAAUGCAAAAGUUAGAAACAUCAUUUAUGAUGAUUUUUUGGAAUCAUAUAUUAGAACGAUUUAAUGCAUCUAAUAAACAAUUACAAUGUGUUGAAAUUGGAAAUGAUAAAGUUUCUCAGAUUUAUACAUCACUAAUUAAUCUAGUUCAAAAAACCCGAGAUAAUUUUGAUGAAUAUGAAACUAGAGCAAAAAAAAUAUCAAAGACUACCGAGUACAAUUUUGGUAUAUCUCGACAAAAAAAAAAAAAAUUACACUUCGAUGAAAAAACUGAGCAACCAACCGAGUUAAUUGGUAGGGAUAAAUUUCGAGUUGAAACAUUUUACGUAAUUAUUGAUAAGAUGACAAAUGAACUUAAGAAAAGACAACAGGCCUUCAAAGCGUUUUGUGAUAUAUUUGAAGUACUACUAAAAAUUACAUCUUUAAAUUCUUUGGAAAUAGUUAAGUUUGCUGAGAAAUUGCAAAAAAUGUACCCGAAUGAUUUAGACAAUACUUUUUCGUCAGAAUGCUUACAUUUACAAUCUUAUUUAUUGAAUAGUGAUAUCGAUAUUGACGUAAAUAAUUUAACUCCUAUCACACUGUGCCAGUAUUUAAGAGAAAAAAGUUUACACAUUGAAAUAUUUCCAAAUAUUGACACAGCAUUAAGGAUUUUUGUGAGUGUACCAGUGUCCAAUUGUACUACCGAGAGAUCGUUUUCAUGCCUCAAACGCGUAAAAAACUAUUUAAGGUCCACCCAAACUGAUGACAAGUUGAAUAAUUUAGCAUUAUUUUCGAUAGAGAAUGAAAUGCUAAGCGAAUUGAAUUGUGAAGAUUUAAUAGACACAUUUGCAAGAACCAAAUGUCGACGUAAACCGAUCGUCUAA